AUGAACUCCACAGUUGGGAUGGAGAAUUUCAGCCUGAGCACCACAUAUGACCCAGACAAACUGUGUAAUCCAGCUGACUACCCUGGAGAGAGGUGGCCCUUUCUCUUUAUGUACCUGGUCAUCAUUAUCAUCGGGAUUCCCUCCAACUCCUUUUUCCUCUAUGUUUCCUGGCAGCACAUCAGAAAGAGGAAUGCCCUGGGCAUCUAUCUGUUUAACCUGGCCCUGUCAGACCUCCUAUUCACUGUGGGACUGUCUCUUUGGGUGGACUUUAUGUGGCAUGGUGUCUGGUUUCACGGGGAUGCAGUGUGCAUUCUCUCCGUCAUAGUCCUCUUUACUAACUUCUACACCAGCGAUGGGCUGCUUUGCUGUAUUGCUCUGAACCGUUACCUGGCUGUGGUCCACCCGCUAAAGUACCCCAUCCUGAGGAGGCUCGACACGGCCGUGAUGAUCAGCGUGGCUAUCUGGGUGCUGGUUGUCUCCUUCAACGCCUUCACCAUCAUCUGGAUCGACUCGUACAACUCAGAUGAGCAGAGAGCCAUGUGUUUAGACGUGUUCCCCUUGAGGGACAGUCUGCUACAGGUCAGCGUGGCUCGUUUCGUCCUGGGUUUCCUGUUUCCUGUCCUGCUGGUGUCGUUCUGCUGCCGGGGGAUCUGUGUGGCAGUACGUGCCAACCAGGCCACGAAGGAGCAGGAGAGGAGACAUGUGUCCCAACUCCUGGCGAUGGUGCUGCUCACCCUGGGGCUCUGCUUCGGACCCAUCCACGUUAUGAUGCUCUUGCGGGGGCUGCUGGAGCACUGUGGGAGCCCCUCCUGGCUCUUCCUGCCCUAUAAGGUCAGCAUGGCGAUAUCAGCACUCAACAGCGUGGCUGACCCUUUCCUCUACUGUUUCAUCACCAGGCUGGGCAAGGCAAAUGUCACACAGGUGGUACACUACUUCCAGUGGAAGAGAAAGGGGAAUGGUCAGGAGGUGGUAUAA